CAAAGCCGCCAUUUUUCAAUUUGCGUCGAAGAAGUGUGGAAGUGAAAGUUCAUCCUGCUGCUGUUUUUCUAAAAGUGAAAAAAAAAAUUCUUUAAAAGAAUACAAAAUAAUAUAAUUUUUUUUCUCCCAUAUUUUAUUAAUAAAUCCGUUAAAAUUGAUUCCAAAAUGCCUCGCUAUCGGGAGUGGGACUUGGCAUGCAAAGUCUAUGUGGGCAACUUGGGCUCGUCGGCAUCCAAGUAUGAAAUUGAAAAUGCCUUCAGUAAAUACGGUCCGCUGAGGAAUGUUUGGGUAGCCAGGAAUCCACCGGGAUUUGCUUUUGUUGAAUUCGAUGACAGACGUGAUGCCGAGGACGCAACCCGUGGAUUAGAUGGAACACGAUGCUGUGGAACUAGAAUUCGUGUUGAAAUGUCGUCUGGCCGGUCGAGGAGAGAUGAUCGAAGACGAGGUGGUGGUAGCGCCGGUGGUGGCGGCGGCGGCGGUGGUGGUGGCCGAGGAGGUCGAUACAGGGCAAAGUCUACUAGUUCUACUACUACUACUACUUCCUCCUCCUACUACAACAUCUUCACGAAUAACUGCUCCUACUCCAACAGCAACUCCAACUACUACUACUACAAUCACAACAAAGAUACAUCUACUGCCAUCACCAAUGUCAUCAAUUCUUCUGCUAGUUUCAGCACCAAAUUGUGUCUACUCCUAGGCUGUGGUUGUGAAGCUAAUUUUUCGGGGAUGACAUCACCAUCAUCCCCGACGUCGCCACUACCCAUUGAACAAUUAUUUCCUCCAUGAAUAGAGAUUUGUUCUAAUUUUUGAAUGGCAACUGUGCCAAAAGAGUUUUCUUGAAAUAUAAAUAUUUUAUGCUCAAAAUCGACAUAAAAAUAAACAAAUCCUUUGAGUUCAUCGGAGGAAACGAUGCGUUAAGGUCGACUACAUUUGCGCAUCAAAGGCGACCAACUUCAAGUAUGAUCCAUCUGAAUCCCACAUCCUUACAGACUCCCCACCAAAUAAAAAAAAAGACAACCCUCCAAGAAUGAACAACAGUCGCGUGAUUAUCAAAAAACUUCUAACUACCGGGCGCGCAUUUCAGCACAACUACUUAGUACCUCUACUUACUACUCCUCCCUUUAUGAGCAACAUCAUAGCUUAGUCACCGACGACUGCGUGCGCGGUGCGUGUGUCAACAAUUUUCUGCGGUGGACAACAUCUAGAGAAAUGUCUCCUCCACCCAACCACCAACAGAAUGCGCGGUUGAUCAGCUAUCCAACACAUCCCACCACAGCAGCAUAAGUCAUCCAUAAGUCACAUUUGUUUUUUGAAAAAUUAUUAAUUUGAGUUUUGUUGUUUUGCAAACGCGACUGCUGGAUCCUGCUCUUAUUCUAGUUCAUCCACCAUCAUAAAACGAACACACAUCUAUCAGCCAAAUCAAUCACCACAACCACUACCACCACUACUACUACUAGUUUCCCUUCAAAAACUGACUUAGAUGAGAGAUUGAGGGAAGUUUUCAUCAUCGUCUUCGGCAUCGUUCUCGUCUUUGUUGUCAUCGCGGUCUUCCGUUCGACUCACCAUCGACCGACCGCGCUGUUAAACCAAACCAAAAAAUAUGGGUACUUCUCCUCAUCUCUGCUUCUUCACAUCUCUGCACGCAUAUUCAAUCAUCAACAACACACCCUGAUGAUGCGCCGCGAUUAAUGAUAAACAACAAUCCGAUACAGCACCAAAGUACUUCUUUUAUCUUUUGACGCGAAUAAAAAAAAACUUCUUCAAUUGAAUCGAAUCACAAAUUGAGCAACAAACAAUACCUUCCGCUAAUUCAAUCUAGCUAUUAUCCAUCCAACCCGCCACAAUCGCCGUUGUUCAACCAACACACACAGUCAUCGUUUGAUCGCCGCGUUCUCAGCUCAACUCGCUAACUACUCAUCAUCGUCAGUUGUUUCAGUUUCUGCAAAGAAUCAAAAAGACCAAAAAAGAACCACACACCUGCAUCAUUUUAGUGAUCCCGUUCUCCAAGGCGCUCCAGGAGUCGUUCGAGGAGUUUUUCACGUGACAGACGAAGCCGAUCAGAUUCUCGCGAUCGACGCUAAACUAACAACACAAAAGCAAAUCGCAUAAAGAUGAUGUACUCUUUAUACCCCCAUAUAUAUAUUAUAUAUCAUUUUUAUUAAAUUUUAAAUAUAAACAAAAAAAAACCAUACAACAAUCCACAAUUCGUGUAGUAUAAAAUAUACAAAGUAAGCAAAGCAAAAAAAAAAUAUUUUUUAAAAAAUACAACACACACCCAACAGAGGUUUGUUUUAACAAAAACAUUUUGAUUCAACAAAAUAAACUCAUGUUCCCAUAUUGUGUUUUGGAAUAUUGUACAAAAAAUAAUGCAAAAAAAAAAACAAAAAUUAAAAAAAAAUUACACUUUAUUUCUUUGAAGGAAAAGAAACAAAAACAAAAUCUGAACUUUAAAAUUAAAAUAGUUUUGUAAUAAGUUUUAAGUUCUUCUAGUUCAGCUAAUUACUAGAAUAUAAAAAAAAUAUUGUGUAAUUCUCUUGUAAUGUAUAAGUAAGUUUAAAGGAAAAUAAAAAAAAUGACUAAUGUAGUUCAAAAAUGAAA